UGUAUUGUGUAACGUUAAUAUGGGUAUAGAAAGCUAGCAUCAUUACAGGCAAGGAGUUAUGCUGCGUUCACAUGCUCCACGGAAACUCCUUCGUAGUACUUUGACUUCUCAGUUCGGUGAACGGUUAUCAUCCGUAUUGUCACUCUUCCCUCUUGGAAGCACUCGUCUCGGCACAACAACCAGAAUGGCUCCUCAAAAAAACAGAGUAUUCGUCAUUGGAGUGGGAAUGACAAAGUUUGAGAAGCCAGGAAAAGAAGACUUUGACUAUCCCGACAUGGCAAAGAUAGCAGGCGAGAGGGCCUUGUCUGAUGCUGGAGUCCCCUACUCUGCUAUAGAGCAAGCCUGUGUGGGCUAUGUGUAUGGUGACUCUACCUGUGGCCAGAGGGCCAUCUACCACAGCCUUGGCCUGUCAGGGAUCCCCAUCAUCAACGUCAACAACAACUGCUCCACAGGCUCCACUGCCCUGUUCAUGGCCCGACAGCUAAUCCAGGGAGGUCUGGUUGAUUGUGCACUAGCCCUUGGCUUUGAAAAGAUGGAGAGAGGCUCCUUGUCAUCAAAGUUCAUGGACAGGACUAACCCCAUGGACAAGCAUAUGGAGGUGAUGUUCAACACAUAUGGGAUGGCAGCAGCCCCGGCAGCACCACAGAUGUUUGGCAACGCGGGCAGAGAACACAUGGAGAAAUACGGUACUACACCAGAGCACUUUGCUAAAAUCGCAUGGAAGAACCACAAGCAUUCCACCAACAACCCGUACUCUCAGUUCCAGGAUGAGUACAGUCUGGACCAGGUCAAACAGUCCAGGAAGGUGUUUGAGUUCCUUACUCUUCUCCAGUGUUGUCCUACCUCUGACGGUGCAGGGGCAGCUGUCCUGGCCAGUGAGGGCUUUGUGAGGCGCCAUGGUCUAGAACACCAGGCGGUGGAGAUCUUAGCCCAGGAGAUGGUCACGGACCUCGCAACUACCUUCGAAGACAAUAGCUGCAUGAAGAUGGUUGGAUACGACAUGACCUCCCUGGCAGCUAAGAAGUGUUUUGAGACGGCGGGCCUGAAACCCAGUGACGUCAAUGUGAUCGAGCUACAUGACUGUUUCUCUGCCAACGAGCUGAUCACGUACGAGGCUCUGGGGUUGUGCCCAGAGGGUAAGGCUGGAGAGCUGAUAGACAGAGGAGACAACACGUACGGAGGCCAGUGGGUGGUCAACCCCAGCGGAGGACUCAUCUCUAAAGGACACCCUCUGGGAGCCACAGGUCUGGCCCAGUGUGCGGAGCUGUGCUGGCAGCUGAGAGGCCAGGCUGAGAGGAGGCAGGUCCCGGGGGCGAAGGUGGCCCUACAGCACAACAUCGGCCUGGGAGGAGCUGUGGUCGUCACUCUCUACAGGAUGGGGUUCCCUCAGGACGCUAGGUCCCAGAUAGCGGCUGUCCCCACCAGAGCAGAACGUCUGGAGGGCUUCAGAGUCUAUUCUGUCUUCCAGGAGAUAGAGAACAAACUACAGGAGGAAGGAGUAGACAUUGUGAAGAAGAUUGGAGGAGUUUUUGCCUUCAAGGUGACAGAUGGACCCGAGGGGAAAGACGCUCUGUGGGUCGUAGACGCGAAGAAUGGACACGGCUCCGUGAGCAACAACGCUGAUAAGAAGGCUGACUGCACUAUCACCAUGGGAGAUGAAGACUUAAUGAAGCUGAUGACAGGCAAGAUGAAUCCACAGACGGUGAGUCCUUAAAACAACAAUGAAUAAGGCUGUGUCCCAAAUGGCACCAUAUUCCCUAUAUAGUGCACAGCCUUUUCAAAUCAAAUUUUAUUUGUCACAUACACAUGGUUAGUAGAUGUUAAUGCGAGUGUAGCGAAAUGCUUUUUAUCAGAUCUCUAUGCUAAUAGGGUGCCAUUUUGGAUGAAGCCCAAUACUAUUGUCCUCUUGUUCAGUUUUAUACACAUUUAUACAAAAUAUAAAAACAGAAAUGCCUUAUUUACAUAAGUAUUCAGACCCUUUGCUAUGAGACUCGAAAUUGAGCUCAGGUGCAUCCUGUUCCUAUUGAUCAUCCUUGGUGUUUCUUCAACUUGAUUGGAGUGCAACUGUGGUAAACACAAUUGUCUAUAUAAGGUCCCACCGUUGACAAUCUUUGUCAGCAAAAACAAAGCCAUGAGGUGGAAGGAAUUGUCUGUAGAGCUCUGAGACAGAAUUGUGUCGAGGUACAGAUCUGGGGAAGGGUAACAAAAGAUUUCUGCAGCAUUGAAGGUCCCUAAGAAGACAGGGGCCUCCAUCAAUAUUAAAUGGAAGUUAGGAACCACAAAGACUGUUCUUAGAGCUGGCCGCCCGGCCAAACUGAGCAGUCGGGCAACAAGGGCUAUUCCUUCUCACUUCAUCUGACCUGACCUUGGGCUGAAUUCCUCCCUCCUCCCUACCAAGCUUAGUGCAAAUAGAGUUCCUCAGGAGAGGCAGAUGGUUACAUAGAUGCGUAGAGAUCAGCUUUUAUGAAUCUUGUCAGUAUUUUUUUUUAAAUUAAAUGUUCUUUUUAUUCAUUUGAUUUUGGUCAAAGUGACCAAAGGGAGCGAAGCCCGAUCUUAAGUAGGAUGCCAAAUGUGAUUUGAUUGUUUUCUAAAAAUAGGUUUAGAAAUUGGCAGGGGUAAUGAGAUUAGUCCUUGUUCAGAAUGCAUUCUGUUAUGGCAUAGGGUGGGUCUCUCUCUCGCUCUCUCUCGCUCUCACUCAACCCCCCCCCCCCUCUCCCCUAAGAAAUAAAUGUCUAGGCAAGGCCUUCAGAUGUAUUAAGGGCAUCAGCCCCUUGUCUGUUCAUGGACAUUGUCCCUGGACGUAAGGGACAUAGUCUGACAACGCCCACAGGACAAUUCACUCAACAUGUAACAGACAGGGAGAGAAAAAUCUAUUGAAUGAGUUUGUUCAAACUUCAGUCAACUUUACACACACACACACACACACACACACACACACACACACACACACACACACACACACACACACACACACACACACACACACACACACACACACAAGAAAUAGAAUGAGUAUGUUUACCCACUUCAGCAAACAGUGUGGGUGUCCUCAAGUACUUUGCAAUCACGCAGUCUUCAAAAUCAGAGGUCAAAUGGGGCCUCUGUUAGGAACCCAGGUACCACAGGGAAAGGUGUGGUCUCAGACCUCUGUUAGGAACCCAGGUACCACAGGGAAAGGUGUGUUCUCAGACCUCUGUUAGGAACCCAGGUACCACAGGGAAAGGUGUGGUCUCAGACCUCUGUUAGGAACCCAGGUACCACAGGGAAAGGUGUGGUCUCAGACCUCUGUUAGGAACCCAGGUACCACAGGGAAAGGUGUGGUCUCAGACCUCUGUUAGGAACCCAGGUACCACAGGGAAAGGUGUGUUCUCAGACCUCUGUUAGGAACCCAGGUACCACAGGGAAAGGUGUGGUCUCAGACCUCUGUUAGGAACCCAGGUACCACAGGGAAAGGUGUGGUCUCAGACCUCUGUUAGGAACCCAGGUACCACAGGGAAAGGUGUGGUCUCAGACCUCUGUUAGGAACCCCGGUACCACAGGGAAAGGUGUGGUCUCAGACCUCUGUUAGGAACCCAGGUACCACAGGGAAAGGUGUGGUCUCAGACCUCUGUUAGGAACCCAGGUACCACAGGGAAAGGUGUGGUUUCAGACCUCUGUUAGGAACCCAGGUACCACAGGGAAAGGUGUGGUCUCAGACCUCUGUUAGGAACCCAGGUACCACAGGGAAAGGUGUGGUUUCAGACCUCUGUUAGGAACCCAGGUACCACAGGGAAAGGUGUGGUCUCAGACCUCUGUUAGGAACCCAGGUACCACAGGGAAAGGUGUGGUCUCAGACCUCUGUUAGGAACCCAGGUACCACAGGGAAAGGUGUGGUCUCAGACCUCUGUUAGGAACCCAGGUACCACAGGGAAAGGUGUGGUCUCAGACCUCUGUUAGGAACCCAGGUACCACAGGGAAAGGUAUGUUCUCAGACCUCUGUUAGGAACCCAGGUACCACAGGGAAAGGUGUGGUCUCAGACCUCUGUUAGGAACCCAGGUACCACAGGGAAAGGUGUGUUCUCAGACCUCUGUUAGGAACCCAGGUACCACAGGGAAAGGUGUGUUCUCAGACCUCUGUUAGGAACCCAGGUACCACAGGGAAAGGUGUGGUCUCAGACCUCUGUUAGGAACCCAGGUACCACAGGGAAAGGUGUGGUCUCAGACCUCUGUUAGGAACCCAGGUACCACAGGGAAAGGUGUGGUCUCAGACCUCUGUUAGGAACCCAGGUACCACAGGGAAAGGUGUGGUCUCAGACCUCUGUUAGGAACCCAGGUACCACAGGGAAAGGUGUGGUCUCAGACCUCUGUUAGGAACCCAGGUACCACAGGGAAAGGUGUGUUCUCAGACCUCUGUUAGGAACCCAGGUACCACAGGGAAAGGUGUGUUCUCAGACCUCUGUUAGGAACCCAGGUACCACAGGGAAAGGCCAGGUGUGGUCUCAGACCUCUGUUAGGAACCCAGGUACCACAGAGAAAGGUGUGGUCUCAGACCUCUGUUAGAAACCCAGGUACCACAGGGAAAGGUGUGUUCUCAGACCUCUGUUAGGAACCCAGGUACCACAGGGAAAGGUGUGGUCUCAGACCUCUGUUAGGAACCCAGGUACCACAGGGAAAGGUGUGUUCUCAGACCUCUGUUAGGAACCCAGGUACCACAGGGAAAGGUGUGUUCUCAGACCUCUGUUAGGAACCCAGGUACCACAGGGAAAGGUGUGGUCUCAGACCUCUGUUAGGAACCCAGGUACCACAGGGAAAGGUGUGGUCUCAGACCUCUGUUAGGAACCCAGGUACCACAGGGAAAGGUGUGUUCUCAGACCUCUGUUAGGAACCCAGGUACCACAGGGACAGGUGUGGUCUCAGACCUCUGUUAGGAACCCAGGUACCACAGGGAAAGGUGUGUUCUCAGACCUCUGUUAGGAACCCAGGUACCACAGGGAAAGGUGUGGUCUCAGACCUCUGUUAGGAACCCAGGUACCACAGGGAAAGGUGUGUUCUCAGACCUCUGUUAGGAACCCAGGUACCACAGGGAAAGGUGUGUUCUCAGACCUCUGUUAGGUACCCAGGUACCACAGGGAAAGGCCAGGUGUGGUCUCAGACCUCUGUUAGGAACCCAGGUACCACAGAGAAAGGUGUGGUCUCAGACCUCUGUUAGGAACCCAGGUACCACAGGGAAAGGUGUGGUCUCAGACCUCUGUUAGGAACCCAGGUACCACAGGGAAAGGUGUGUUCUCAGACCUCUGUUAGGAACCCAGGUACCACAGGGAAAGGUGUGGUCUCAGACCUCUGUUAGGAACCCAGGUACCACAGGGAAAGGUGUGGUCUCAGACCUCUGUUAGGAACCCAGGUACCACAGGGAAAGGUGUGGUCUCAGACCUCUGUUAGGAACCCAGGUACCACAGGGAAAGGCCAGGUGUGGUCUCAGACCUCUGUUAGGAACCCAGGUACCACAGGGAAAGGUGUGGUCUCAGACCUCUGUUAGGAACCCAGGUACCACAGGGAAAGGUGUGGUCUCAGACCUCUGUUAGGAACCCAGGUACCACAGGGAAAGGCCAGGUGUGGUCUCAGACCUCUGUUAGGAACCCAGGUACCACAGGGAAAGGUGUGGUCUCAGACCUCUGCUAGGAACCCAGGUACCACAGGGAAAGGUGUGGUCUCAGACCUCUGUUAGGAACCCAGGUACCACAGGGAAAGGCCAGGUGUGGUCUCAGACCUCUGUUACGAACCCAGGUACCACAGGGAAAGGUGUGUUCUCAGACCUCUGUUAGGAACCCAGGUACCACAGGGAAAGGUGUGGUCUCAGACCUCUGUUAGGAACCCAGGUACCACAGGGAAAGGUGUGGUCUCAGACCUCUGUUAGGAACCCAGGUACCACAGGGAAAGGUGUGGUCUCAGACCUCUGUUAGGAACCCAGGUACCACAGGGAAAGGUGUGUUCUCAGACCUCUGUUAGGAACCCAGGUACCACAGGGAAAGGUGUGUUCUCAGACCUCUGUUAGGAACCCAGGUACCACAGGGAAAGGUGUGGUCUCAGACCUCUGUUAGGAACCCAGGUACCACAGGGAAAGGUGUGGUCUCAGACCUCUGCUAGGAACCCAGGUACCACAGGGAAAGGCCAGGUGUGGUCUCAGACCUCUGUUAGGAACCCAGGUACCACAGGGAAAGGUGUGGUCUCAGACCUCUGUUAGGAACCCAGGUACCACAGGGAAAGGUGUGUUCUCAGUCCUCUGUUAGGAACCCCGGUACCACAGGGAAAGGCCAGGUGUGGUCUCAGACCUCUGUUAGGAACCCAGGUACCAGAGGGAAAGGUGUGGUCUCAGACCUCUGUUAGGAACCCAGGUACCACAGGGAAAGGUGUGGUCUCAGACCUCUGUUAGGAACCCAGGUACCACAGGGAAAGGUGUGUUCUCAGACCUCUGUUAGGAACCCAGGUACCACAGGGAAAGGUGUGUUCUCAGACCUCUGUUCGGGACCCAGGUACCACAGGGAAAGGUGUGGUCUCAGACCUCUGUUAGGAACCCAGGUACCACAGGGAAAGGCCAGGUGUGGUCUCAGACCUCUGUUAGGAACCCAGGUACCACAGGGAAAGGUGUGGUCUCAGACCUCUGCUAGGAACCCAGGUACCACAGGGAAAGGUGUGGUCUCAGACCUCUGUUAGGAACCCAGGUACCACAGGGAAAGGCCAGGUGUGGUCUCAGACCUCUGUUACGAACCCAGGUACCACAGGGAAAGGUGUGUUCUCAGACCUCUGUUAGGAACCCAGGUACCACAGGGAAAGGUGUGGUCUCAGACCUCUGUUAGGAACCCAGGUACCACAGGGAAAGGUGUGGUCUCAGACCUCUGUUAGGAACCCAGGUACCACAGGGAAAGGUGUGGUCUCAGACCUCUGUUAGGAACCCAGGUACCACAGGGAAAGGUGUGGUCUCAGACCUCUGUUAGGAACCCAGGUACCACAGGGAAAGGUGUGUUCUCAGACCUAUGUUAGGAACCCAGGUACCACAGGGAAAGGUGUGGUCUCAGACCUCUGUUAGGAACCCAGGUACCACAGGGAAAGGUGUGGUCUCAGACCUCUGCUAGGAACCCAGGUACCACAGGGAAAGGCCAGGUGUGGUCUCAGACCUCUGUUAGGAACCCAGGUACCACAGGGAAAGGCCAGGUGUGGUCUCAGUCCUCUGUUAGGAACCCAGGUACCACAGGGAAAGGUGUGUUCUCAGACCUCUGUUAGGAACCCAGGUACCACAGGGAAAGGCCAGGUGUGGUCUCAGACCUCUGUUAGGAACCCAGGUACCACAGGGAAAGGCCAGGUGUGGUCUCAGUCCUCUGUUAGGAACCCAGGUACCACAGGGAAAGGUGUGUUCUCAGACCUCUGUUAGGAACCCAGGUACCACAGGGGCCAGAUUUGGCCAGGUGUGGUCUCAGACCUCUGUUAGGAACCCAGGUACCACAGGGAAAGGUGUGUUCUCAGACCUCUGUUAGGAACCCAGGUACCACAGGGGCCAGAUUUGGCCAGGUGUGGUCUCAGACCUCUGUUAGGAACCCAGGUACCACAGGGAAAGGUGAGUUCUCAGACCUCUGUUAGGAACCCAGGUACCACAGGGAAAGGUAUGUUCUCAGACCUCUGUUAGGAACCCAGGUACCACAGGGAAAGGCCAGGUGUGGUCUCAGACCUCUGUUAGGAACCCAGGUACCACAGGGAAAGGCCAGGUGUGGUCUCAGUCCUCUGUUAGGAACCCAGGUACCACAGGGAAAGGUGUGUUCUCAGACCUCUGUUAGGAACCCAGGUACCACAGGGGCCAGAUUUGGCCAGGUGUGGUCUCAGACCUCUGUUAGGAACCCAGGUACCACAGGGAAAGGUGAGUUCUCAGACCUCUGUUAGCAACCCAGGUACCACAGGGGCCAGAUUUGGCCAGGUGUGGUUUCAGACCUCUGUUAGGAACCCAGGUACCACAGGGAAAGGUGAGUUCUCAGACCUCUGUUAGGAACCCAGGUACCACAGGGGCCAGAUUUGGCCAGGUGUGGUUUCAGACCUCUGUUAGGAACCCAGGUACCACAGGGAAAGGUGAGUUCUCAGACCUCUGUUAGGAACCCAGGUACCACAGGGGCCAGAUUUGGCCAGGUGUGGUCUCAGACCUCUGUUAGGAACCCAGGUACCACAGGGAAAGGUGAGUUCUCAGACCUCUGUUAGGAACCCAGGUACCACAGGGGCCAGAUUUGGCCAGGUGUGGUCUCAGACCUCUGUUAGGAACCCAGGUACCACAGGGAAAGGUGAGUUCUCAGACCUCUGUUAGGAACCCAGGUACCACAAGGGCCAGAUUUGGCCAGGUGUGGUUUCAGACCUCCGUUCAGAUAUAAAGGACUUCAAAGAGAAAAUGAGAGCGAUGAGAUGUAUUAUUGAACUGACCUCGUCCCCAGGUUGGCUGGAGGACCCGACUAUAACUCAUUCCCAUGAUCCAUUUUCUGACUUUGAGGAGAAAUGGAUGUGACACAGCAGGGAAAUCUAGAAAUAUAUUUUCCAAUCCAACAUUUCGCAAUUGACACAAAAGUAAUACAAAGGGAGGAGAAAUUCAACAGGGAAGAAUGUGAUUAAUGAUAGUGGACGGGCGAUUGUUUUUCCUGGCUAAAUCUAGGCCCACUUCCCACCCACACACCUGGGGCCAUUGAUUCAUUUGGUUUACUUGAUCCUUUCAGCAACACUGAACACAGUUGGGUUUUCCCUUCGCUCAUUUACCCAAAGGAAAGAGAAACCUUCACACUGCUCUUCUUAGUAUCACUUGUUUUAUUCAAGCUUAUGCGUCGGACUCUUAGUCUUCGUCAGAGCUUUUAUUUGUGAGUCAGCAUCAGCGAGCAGAAUUGAAGGAGUUGGAAAACAAAUUGAAUUGAACCUUUAUUUAACCACGAAAGACACUUGAGGUUAGAAACCUCUUGUUGUACCAGUUAACAGACAUCAUACACAUACUUCCACAAGGAUGAAUCCUGCAAUGUUAUGGUUGUUUUAGGGGGUUUAGAUCUGGGCCAUUAAUCUCGUCACUGUUUAUGCAUUGGAUUUGAUCUGAACCGCUGAAACGCAGGCAGGCCUCCAGUUGGUUCAUGUCAGAGCAGAGCCGUUCCCGAACACUGCCAGCCCCUCCCGCUCUCCUCCCCCCCCCCCCCGUGUCCCAGUUUUCAGUGAACUGUGUCAAUCCUGCAACUGGGUAAUCUGAACCCUUUAAAACUUGGAUCAUGAGCAGUAGUUGACUUUCCUGUGUUUUAACCCAUUGUCCUCUGAUUGAUCAUUUCUCUCUCCUACCUGUCCGCUGCAGGCAUUCUUCCAGGGCAAGCUGAAGAUCGCAGGAAACAUGGGCAUGGCCAUGAAGCUUCAGAGUCUGCAGCUGGUGCCAGCCAAAGCCAAGCUGUGAUUGGCUGAUAGACCCUCAGCUCUGGAACUCCUGCCAUAUGUAGCAGUUAUGCACAUUUUCUCACCCCUUUCUCACCCCUUUCUCACCCCUCCUCUCACCCCUUUCUCACCCCUCCUCUCACCCCUCCUCUCACCCCUUUCUCACCCCUCCUCUCACCCCUUUCUCACCCCUCCUCUCACCCCUUUCUCACCCCUCCUCUCACCCCUCCUCUCACCCCUUUCUCACCCCUCCUCUCACCCCUCCUCUCACCCCUUUCUCACCCCUCCUCUCACCCCUCUUCUCACCCCUUUCUCACCCCUCCUCUCACCCCUUUCUCACCCCUCCUCUCACCCCUUUCUCACCCCUCCUCUCACCCCUUUCUCACCCCUCCUCUCACCCCUCCUCUCAGCUCUCUCUAACCUCUUUCAUCUCUCUCUCACCUCUCUCUAACCUCUCUCACCCCUCCUCUCAGCUCUCUCUAACCUCGCUCACCUCUCUCUCACCUGUCUCUCCCCCCUCCUCACACCUCUCCUCAUCUCUCACCUCUCCUCAUCUCUCACCUCUCCUCAUCUCUCACCUCUCCUCAUCUCUCACCUCUCCUCAUCUCUCACCUCUCCUCCUCUCUCACCUCUCCUCAUCUCUCACCUCUCCUCAUCUCUCACCUCUCCUCAUCUCUCACCUCUC